UUCCCACACAUACACUUUACUGUUCUGUUACCUUGUGAUUAUCAGUGUCUGCACUGUACAUUGGUGUCCUUUUUUUAAAAAAAAAAAAGGAACUCCACCAAAUUUAUUUUGUCUCCAAAACACUGAACUUGGCCAAUUAAUUACUGCUCUUUGGUUACUGAAGUAAUUCUUUGGACAGCGUCCACAUGGACAAAACAACUUUAACAGGAUAACAGUGGUAUCUAAAAGUCCUUUGAUUCUACAGCAUCCAUCCUCUGCACACCACGUCUUGUUAAAUCUUGAGUGUUUAAUCUCCCGUAAUUACAAAGAUUUGCUGAGGUUAAUAAAAAUAAUCCGCCUCAAUUCAGACCCCCUACCUGGACCUCUGCUGUGCCUUCUUUGCCCCUUUCUGUGAGGGAUAAAUUCACAGUCAUAUAAAUAGAGUCACCUUCUCAGCCUCAGAGCACAACCCUUCGAGGAUACUGACAAAGGAGUUUUGAUCAUCAGAGAGGCAGAAACAUUUCCUUUAAAUUUGUUGCUAAACAAAGUAGCCGUCUUUAGUCCUAUGGACUGACGUCAUUUCCACAAGUUGAGAUUGUGUCGCUCGUGAGCCCAUCAAGGUUAACAACAGUUGAGAGGCUCACCUUUAUCUGUGAUCUUGUCAACAGUAAGACUUCGGCGGAAGAGGCGAGGGUCAUUGAGGCGAUUCGUUUAUGAAGGGUCCUGCAUUUUAAAAGAAAAUAGCCAUGCUGUCAAAAUCAGAUGCCAAAUUCUGAGAAGACUCUUUUGAUUUAUCACCUUAUAUUAUUCAACUGCUAAUUUGGACUAAUAAGACGUCUGUAAUGAGUUUGAAGUAUCUCAAUUCAGGCAUGACAAUGGAGGACACAAGCAGCCGCACCGGUGGCAGAGAAAGACUGGGACUGAGCUUCACUAUUGACUAUCUUCUGUUCAAUAAAGGAGUCAAAGGUUCUAAAGAAGAAGCGACAGGAAGUCGUACAGCUGAGCAGACAGCAAACAACAUGCUAAAUCAUCAGAAUCCUAAACCGAAAGAGGUGGGGAUUCGCUCCGAGACACCGGAGAAGUGGCUACAGAGGUCAGAGGUAGAGUCUGAAGAAAGGAAAGUCAAAGAAGAGGAGGGGGAUGAAGAGCAACCAGAGGAGGGGGAGGAGACCACCACCACAUCUACCAGCAGCAGUCCAGAGAAGUCGGCGGACAAACCCAACCAGUCGUACAUCGCGCUCAUCUCCAAGGCAAUCCUGGCGUCAGAGCAGAAGAAACUGCUGCUGUGUGACAUCUACCAGUGGAUCAUGGACCACUACCCGUACUUCAAGAGUAAGGAUAAAAACUGGAGGAACAGUGUUCGGCACAACUUGUCCCUGAAUGAUUGCUUCAUCAAAGCAGGCCGCAGUGACAAUGGGAAAGGCCACUUCUGGGCGAUUCACCCCUCGAACUACCAGGACUUUUCUAACGGCGACUACCACUGCCGGAGGGCACGGCGGAGGGUACGCAGGGUGGCAGGACAGCUCCCCCUUACCACCCUGAGGUCCCCCUACCACCCUGCUCUCAUCCGGCCCCACAGAACGACCUGUUGGUGCUGUCCUCAAGUCCAAACAGUCCCUCUGUCCUGCUUGGCACCCAGACUUUACUGGCCAUGGUCCAGUGCGCAGCCACAAGUGGGGCUCAACCAGGGCCUGCGAGCCUCUGUACCCUAAGAGUGAAUAGUUUUUAUAUUUGAUGUAUACUCUCGUAUUUGCUAAUGAAUAUGUCAUUAGGUGAUGUUAUAAUUUAUGUGAACUUGGACAUUAUACUCUGCAAACAAAAGGCAAAAGUGAUUUUAGGGUCAGUGUUUCAAUAAA